UUGCACUCCCCCGGCUUGCCCAGGGGAGGCAGCAAGGAGCUGAGGAUCAUCUUUUCUUUCUUUCCCUCCCUCUCCUGGCAUCCUGGCCAGACUUAGGGCUCACGCUGUGGUCAGAGUCAUGCAGCCCCAGGCUCUGCUGCCCGUCCUGCUUCUCUGUGUGCUGCUGCUGCAGGCCCAGGGAGGAUACAGUGGCCGGAAGAGGAUGCAGACUACACCCAAAAUGGAGCUUUCCCCAGAAAUCAAAGUCUGUCAGAAACGGCCUGCAUAUUAUCUGUGCAAACGCCUCUGUGAAUCUCACAAAGAAUGUCAAGCAAAUAAUAUAUGCUGUUCAACCUUCUGCGGCAAUGUUUGCCUAAGCACCCUGUGAGUAGAGGAAUGGGCUGGGCUGUGCGUCCUGCUCCCCACACCCCUCUAUUCUGGGACUGUGCCCAUGUCUGAAGCAGGAAGACCUCAUAUCACAGGCACAAGGAUGUCAACAGGAAUGCCGACCUCUCCACUAUUUGAACCCCUUAUCCCUGUCAAAUAAACCAGAACAAAUGCC